CGCUGCGCUCCUGGCCGGCUGCGGCCCCCCGCGCCCGGGCAUGGCCUUCCUGGAGAAGCCGGGCGGCGGGCAAGGUGCUCCUGGACGACACGUUGCCGCUGAGCGCCGCCAUCGAGGCGAGGCCAGAGCCUGCAGUCGCACACGGAAUAUAUCAUUCGUGUGCAAAGAGGAAUUUCUAUAGAAAACAGUUGGCAGAUUGUCAGGAGAUACAGUGACUUUGAUUUGCUGAACAACAGCUUGCAGAUUGCAGGCCUAAGCCUACCUCUUCCUCCCAAAAAACUGAUUGGUAACAUGGAUCGUGAAUUCAUAGCUGAGAGGCAGAAGGGCCUUCAGAACUAUCUCAACGUCAUCACCACAAAUCACAUCUUGUCUAAUUGUGAGCUGGUUAAGAAGUUUUUAGAUCCCAACAACUAUUCCGCAAACUACACUGAGAUUGCCUUACAGCACGUUUCCAUGUUCUUCCGGUCCGAACCCAAGUGGGAAGUUGUGGAACCAUUGAAAGACAUAGGUUGGAGGAUAAGGAAGAAAUAUUUCUUAAUGAAGAUUAAAAAUCAGCCAAAGGAACGGCUAGUGUUAAGCUGGGCUGACCUUGGCCCUGACAAAUAUCUGUCUGAUAAGGAUUUUCAGUGUCUAAUCAAACUUUUGCCUUCCUGUUUGCAUCCUUACAUCUACAGGGUUACCUUUGCCACAGCUAAUGAGUCCUCAGCAUUGCUAAUUAGGAUGUUUAAUGAAAAAGGAACGUUGAAGGACCUGAUCUACAAGGCAAAACCGAAGGACCCGUUCCUGAAGAAGUAUUGCAACCCUAAAAAGAUUCAAGGCCUUGAACUUCAGCAAAUCAAGACAUACGGGCGACAGAUAUUAGAGGUACUGAAGUUCUUACACGACAAAGGAUUUCCUUACGGGCAUCUUCACGCCUCCAACGUGAUGCUGGAUGGGGACACUUGCCGGCUUCUAGACCUUGAGAAUUCUUUAUUGGGCCUCCCUUCAUUCUACAGGUCAUAUUUCUCCCAGUUCAGGAAAAUCAAUACUUUGGAAAGUGUGGAUGUCCACUGCUUUGGCCACUUACUUUACGAAAUGACGUACGGACGGCCGCCCGACUCAGUGCCUGUAGCCUCCUUCCCCCCUGCACCAUCGAUGGCUGUGGUGGCCGUCUUGGAGUCUACGCUGUCUUGUGAAGCCUGUAAAAAUGGCAUGCCUACCGUCUCCCGGCUCUUGCAGAUGCCAUUAUUCAGUGAUGUUUUGUUAACCACUUCUGAAAAGCCACAGUUUAAGAUUCCCACAAAGUUAAGAGAGGCAUUGAGAGUUGCCAAAGAGUGUAUAGAAAAAAGACUGACGGAAGAGCAGAAACAGAUUCACCAGCACCGAAGGCUGGCCAGGGCUCAGUCUCAUCAUGGCUCCGAGGAAGAAAGGAAAAAGAGAAAGAUUUUAGCUCGGAAGAAAUCAAAACGGUCCGCCAUUGAAAAUAGUGAAGAACAUUCCACAAAACACAGCAACUCCAAUAAUUCAGCAGGUUCCGGGGCCAGCUCACCUCUCACAUCCCCCUCCUCGCCGGCUCCACCCUCUACAACAGUAGAGCAUGCGCCAUUCUGAACAUGACUUUUCGCUGCCUUAGGUUUGGGUAAAAGAUGUAAAGGGAGGUAAGUGGUUUUCGAUGAAAUAAAAGACUUUAACACUUGCCUACUGGAUUAGUUAAGAAGGAUGCCUUUACCUAAAUACUGAUGGGUGGCUGUGAAACACUCACCCAUAUUCACUCCAGUUGUAGUUGCUAUUUGAUAUCACUGAAGUUUUACUGGGGAGGUUGGGCCAGAACCUCCUAGAAUGCCUCCUGCUACAAGCCUAGCAGAGGUAAGAGGGUAAGCAGAGAUUACCAAGCACAAAGUUUGCAGGCGAGGAAGCCACUGUUACAUAGGCAAGUUCUUCAGGGCGGGACCUUCUGUACCCAUUGAUUUUGCUCUGAAAGAACAGUUCACUGAUUCAAAACAAGCAGCCAAUGUCACAUGCCUGGACUCUACGGGACAUUUUAGCUACGUGUGCAGUUUCCUUUUCCUUGCAUAUCAGGGUCGAACUUGACAUUCCAGUCACCACAUGUUUCAGCGAAAAUGUCAGGGUCAGAUAUGGCCUUUGAGAUUCUGGGUUGGGGCCACAGUGGAAAGAAAGAAGAGUGCUUGACGGAGACUCUUCCCUAAGAAGGCCAGUC